AUGAGUAAUAAACCACCGAGAUCAUCGAGAAAUUGCUUUGUGGCUAUUUAUUCAUAUAUUAUUCGUCAGGCAUGUGAACUUAAUUUAUUUUCGUCAAAUCCAUUUUGGUCACCAUCAUUAAAUCUUUCUGAGCAAAUUCUUAGUACACGACUUUUUCUUUUUUUUCUCUCUGUUUCUCUUCUAAUCGUUAUUACUUAUACAAGUCUUAUUAUUCGAACACAUAGUAAUACUCUAGAGAAAUUUACACUCGAUGAUUUCGAACAACUUCAAGCACGUUAUCCAACUACAAUUAAUGUUCCUUGUACUCAAGUUUCAAAUCCAUAUAAUGAAUUCGUUGAUUUAUCAGUAUUAUUUCAUCCAGUUUGUACAAGUGAAUUCGUUUCUGAUCAAUGGAUAUCUUCUCUCUUUCAUCCAAAUAAAACUUAUGAUAAUGUACUCGAUUUUCGUACAUUUAUUUUUGCACAAUUUCAAUCGCUUGCUUUACUUUGUCAAACGGCGAUGCAAUCAGUCGAAGAUGGACUUCGUACAUUUAAUAGUACUCAUUUAGUUACCGGUCAAGUUUUUUCACGUCCAGAAUUUAAUGAAAUAAUCGAUGUUGUAACGCAUAAUUUUCAAAAUAAUCUUCUCGAAAAUGAGAAUCGAACAGCGAAAGUUAUUUUAUUAGCUAUCGCUCAAAAUGGAUUCUUAUCAGCAUUACGUACGAAUUAUUUCAUUCAAUCGAAAAAUUUUCAAGAUAGUUUUCUUAUAUACAGUGAAUUAUAUUUAAGAAAAAAUUCAACAGCAUCUUGUAAUUGUCGAUUAGAAGAAAAUCAAUGUACUUAUCCAGCGUAUACUUUCCACAAUUCAACAAUAACCAAAUUCGAUAAACUGUCAAUGUCAGAGCCAUCAGCUGGUUCUAAAAUUGCUGGUUUUAUGGCUGGUUGUUUACCAAUGGAAUCUCUCCGGCAAUCAACACUUGAAUGUCUUUAUGAUCAAUCAUGUAUAGAUAUAUUAUCACUUCAACCAGAUAUUUCUCGACCGAAACCUUUACAAAGAUCAUCGACAAGAUUUUCUCCAGAUUUAACAGUCGGUUCAAUGUUCGAUGAAUCAUUAUUUAUUGAAUCAUGGCAAAAUGAAACUAGCUUCGAAACUUAUUUUUCUCUUUGUGCACCUCGAUCACUUACUUAUACUUACGAAGGUCGAUUUCAUUUAGCGGCUAUAAUUACUAUUUCCAUCAGUGCUUUUGGUGGUUUAUGUAUUCUUUGGGAUUUUGUCACACCGGCUAUCGUUAAAAUUUGGUAUUUAAUCAAAUGGAAAAAACAAAAGAAACAACAAGAAAUUCCUUUAGAACAAAUUAAUACUGAACAAACUACAGUAAAAGCAUCACCCACACCAAAAAGAAAAGCUGUCACGUCGUAUGUUCGUCGAAGAAUUAAAACGUUCAAUUUAUUUCCACCUGAUGAUGAAAGCGAUGUCGAAGAAGAAAAUGUAGGCAUCAUUAGUACUCGUCUUUACAUUUUCUUAUUAUUGUUUGGUUUGAUUAUACUUGGUUUUUAUACUUCUCUCGUUAAGCGUACUCAAACACAUACGGUUGAUUUUCCAUCAUUAGAUACAUAUGAAGAAUUAAGAUCUCUUCAUUCAUCAUUAGUUUGUUCGUGUUCACGUUUUUCAAUGUCAUACGGACGAGUAAUGACAAUCUCUCCUCGAUAUCAUCCAAUAUGUACUAGUGAAUUUGUUACGAAAUCUUGGUUAUCAUAUUUUGAUUUAUCCGAAGUAAAUAUGAAUACAACAUUUUUUAUUGGACGAGAUUUUCGUGUAAGUGGUCAAUUAUUUUUUAAUAACAUGCGUGAUCUAUGUCGAACAGCAAACGAAACAGUUGAACAUGCUAUACGUUCAUUUCAAUCUCGUCGAUUAGUAACAGUAAAUCUUUUAUCACGUAAAAAAUUUAAUGAUCAAACUAAAACACGUUUAAAACAAUUUGAACAACAAACAAAAGCAUAUUAUGUUAAUCUUCCUGAAUUACUUCGUUCUUCUUUUCAUAUCAAUCAUUUAAUUACAAAUUCAUUAACUAGCGCAGCAUUUUCAUCAAUAUUUGAUAAUCAUACAUCAAAAUGGAUGCCUAGUUUUUAUUCUCAAGAUAUUUAUAAUAGUUCAUGUUCUUGUGCUUUAUCGUCUGAAUGUGUUCGACCACAAGGUUUUUAUCUUCAAGCUGACAGCGAUAAUCUUCAUCCGAAAGUCGUUAUACCAGGAUUAUUUCAUGGUUGUUAUACUAUUGAUUCGAUUCUAUUAUCUAAUCUUGGAUGUUUCUUUGAUGGAAAAUGUAUUAAACUUUUACUUGAUAUGUAUUUUUAUGAUGCAGCCGAUUUACUUCAAUCAUUAGAUAUACAUGUUCGUGGUCUUGAAGCACUUCGAAAAGAAAAUAGUCGUUUUACUCCUAAUACUACCAUUGGUACUAUUGUUUCACAAUUAUUUAUAGAAGAUUGGGGAACGUCGAGAAAUUUUACGUCUUAUUUUGAUAGAUGUCUACCGAAACAAUGUACUUACAGUUUAGUAGGACGUUUCGAUCGAACAUAUAUAAUUGCUAUGAUGCUUGGUUUUUACAGUGGUCUAGGUGCUAUAUUAGAAAUUAUUUUACCUCAUAUUGUUCGAUUUGUGAGACGACAAUGGAAAAAACGACGAAAUGCUUCAACGACAAUAGAAGUUUAUAUUGAUUCGUCUACUGAUUUACAAAAGUCAUCGUUAUGUCAUAAAAUAUGUCAUUAUUUUCGAUCAUUAAACUUAUUUGCUAGUGAACAAGAUUCAACUGAUGAAAUAAUAAAACGUGAUGAAAUAAUCGCUACUCGUAUUUAUCUUAUUCUUCUCUUUAUCAGUCUUGUUAUUGUAUUUCUCUAUGCUGGUCCAUUUACUGAAGAAACAAAAACGACCGUGAUUGGUAAUCCUACUCCUGAUAAAAUCAAUGAACUUCAUUCACGAAAUAUUUCCACAUUAUCUUGUCCUUGUUCAACGGCUGCUAUUGCUUAUUCAAGAUUUUUAUCGAUCAUCCCAGAAUAUCAUCCGAUAUGUUCGAGUCAUUAUGUUAAAUCGUCUUAUUUGAUUAAUCUUGUAGAACAGAAAGAUAGUAUAUCGACACAAAUAGCUACUCAUUAUAGUAUUUUAGCAUCACUUUGUCAACAAGCUCAACGGAUUGUUAAACGUGCUGUCGAUAGUUUUGGUGCUCGUGAAUUAGUUAGUGCAGAAACUAUGACACGUACUUCAUAUCUUACUCAAACUGAAUCACUUCUAUCAACAUUUAUUUCGGAAAUUCCUUCAGAUUAUCGUCGAACUAUAACAUUAAUUAUUCGUUCAUUUGGUGUCAAUCAUUUACUUAAUGUUUUUACAAAGAAUUGGAAACUUGAAUUUACUGAUGAAAAUGAAAAUUAUAUCAUGAAAGCAUAUCCACAUCGUUUCUCAUCAUCAAAUUGUUCAUGUGCUUUAUCAUUUGAUUGUAAUGAACAAGUUCAUGAAAAUAUUGUUAGUGGUUGCUUUCCGUAUGAUGGAUUUCGUUUAUCAAAAUUUAGAAAUAUUACAUUUGGUCAUUUGAAUGAUAAACUUUUUAUAGAAAAAUGGAAAAAUCGUAGUAAUUAUUCAGCUUAUUUUCAAGUAUGUCGUCCAUUAGAAUGCCGUUAUACAUUACCUGAUAGAAAUAAUCCAUUUAUUAUAGCAACAACUAUUCUUGGAAUCUAUGGAGGUUUAAUAUGUGCUCUUCGUUUAAUUAUUAGUCAAUCUUUACAUGCUUAUCGUUGGUCUUCAGGAAAACGUCAAAAACCACAACAACAACCAGAAAUAUCAUUUAUUAAUCCAAUAGCAACAUAA